UUGCUGGAAGACCUCUUCACUUAAAUUCAACUGAUUGGUUGAGAGAGAUGGAGGCAAAGCUCCGUGUAAUUAUUGAUGACCACAUCGAGAAGCUGGUCCUUCCAUCAGGGAUCCCACCAACAGUAGAGGAGCUGCAAAGUGUUGUGAAGGAUACCUUUGGACUUUCAAAUGACUUCACUCUUCAGUAUUUUGACUCAGAAUUUGAGAACUACUUCACUCUUAAUAGUAGUGACCAGAUAAAACACAAAGAUACUGUGAAGGUUGUUGGCACACCCCCGGUCGUCCUAACCUUGGCUCCACUUGAUGAAAGUCUUGGCAGCCCCUCUGGUCAACAGUCAACUGAUAAUGAUUCAUCAUAUGCCGAGUCAAUUGGAUCAAAUGCAGACUCUGCUGCAACCACAUCUUCUCAGGAUACCAUUAUUCUCAAAAGGAAUAAGACUACAGAACGAUGUGAGCCCUGGCCAAAGCAGUUCCCCAUUCCACAGUUUGCAUACGAAACUGAGAUGUACCUUGAAAAUGCCACUGAGGAGUACAAAAAGAAUGGAACUCUUCUGCCUACCUCCAAAGUAAAGACUGACAUUUUGGAAAAGUUGGCUGAAACUAUAUUUAGAUUUACAGCCUAUCCUUCAAGUGCACAGGUUAGUUGUGUUGCUGAGGCACUUGUGACCAAAUACCCUUGUCUCAAGGAACCUGGCUCUUUCUCAGGCUAUUAUGGUUGGCUACAAAGAAUCAAAUACAAGAUGGCUAAUUAUCGUACAAAACUUAGAGGGUUUGGAGUUCCUGAGGUGACAUGCAAUGCUGUGACACGCAAGAGACCAGGUGACCAGAAAUCUGCAAAGAAAGUGAAAAAGCCUCGGAAAGCAGAGGUCAAUUAUCUUCCUCCAUAUCCAGCAGGAGAAGAUGAAAGUAGUCAAGAAGAUGAGAGAGUUCAGUUAAUCACUGAAGUCAAGAAAAAAAUCAACAACAAGAUGAUAAAAGAAAAAAUGGCAAAAACGUUUGCACACAGACGACAUGAAAUAGUCAACAUGUCCCCCAGCAUUGAGGACAUUAAAGCCAGAUGGCCAGCUUUGUUUGAACCGACUCAUCUGCAGGACGAGUUCUACAGGAUUACCAUGGUGCACCUUGAAUCCAAAUUUAUGUCCAUGCUGGAUGAGUAUACUCCCAAGCUAUUGGCCCUUUGUCAUGCAAAGGGGGGAGCCAUGGGAUUGAAGUUGCAGGCCAUCUUAGCCAAAUCACCACCCAAUCCUAACAUUGACAUAACCAGAGAUCUGGUUAUUCAGUGCUUGACGGUGUACCUUGGGGAGUCUGUUGAUCACCUCAUCAAAGACUACAGUGUAAGUGUUGAAGCAGAAUUUUUAAUGUUGUCUUUGUUCAUGUUUGUCAGAGUGAGAGAUCUUUCAUAUNAAUCUCUAAUGUAA